AUGUCAAAUGGCUUAGAUUCCAUCGAGCCUGACAUAUCUGAUAAGGAUUCGGCAUAUUCCGGCUCAGACGGAAGCUAUACCCAAAGCAUCACAUCAAGUGCAUUAAAUUAUCAAUAUGAGGUAGCGUCGAUCUUGUUGCGCCAUCCAAAUGAUGAGCAAGAACAAGAUCGCCUUGAUCUAAGCCAUCAUAUCUAUUUAAUGCUCCUCAAAGGCGAGUUGUAUAGUGCGCCUGUCCGGAAUCCGUUAAGGGUGCUUGAUAUCGGGACGGGCACGGGGAUAUGGGCAAUUGACUUUGCAGAUGUAAAUCCAGGUUCUACGGUUAUUGGAAUUGAUCUCAGUCCUAUUCAACCGUCAUGGGUACCACCAAACUGCCACUUUCAAGUCGAUGACUUUGAAGAGCCAUGGUCUUACAGCCAUCCAUUUGACUACAUUCAUGGGCGUGAGCUGGAGGGAGCCAUCCGAGAUCAUGACAGGCUAUUUGAACAAGCAUUCCAAAAUUUAAAUCCAAACGGAUGGUUCGAAAUGGCAUCAAUGGAGGUGAACACGCAUUCAGACGACGGCACCCACCUCAAUGCAAAGUGUUUGGUGGAGAGUGUGAGAAAUCUGCAAGCCUCAUCCGAGAGGUUUGGAAAGGACAUGAAUUCUGUGGCUACAUGGAAGGACCGGUUUGAAAAAGUCGGUUUUACCAAUGUCCGUGAAGACAUAUACAAGCUCCCACAAAGCCCUUGGCCCAAAGACCCCAAGUUAAAGGAGCUCGGACGGUACCACCAGCUUAACAUGCUUGAAGCUAUGCCACCGUACACUUUUGCGCUUUUCACCCGCAUGCUAGGUUGGAAUCGGGUGCAGAUCGAGGCUUUAUUGGCAGGUGUUCGGCAUGAAUUAAAAGACCUUUCGAACCAUUUGUACUCCAAAAUGUAA